GAGAUAGCAGUUGUUGUUCAAAACUCUCUGAGGUAAGAGUUAGGAGCAUAUUUUAGUGAGUGUUCGCUUAAAAACGGUUAAUUUAAGGGAAAUAACAAAAAUUGGAAAACCCUUGCUAAAGGAUACAUAACAAAUUAAUGACUUACAUACACAUUUUAUGUUGAACUGAAGUGUGUGAUUCCGUGAAGAAAAUCUUGCGGAUUAUAUUUGAUUCUUUUGGAUUCAUUAAAAAGAUACUAUCUGUGUGUUAGACAAUUAAAUCAUCUACACUUUAUACUGUGUCAGGAGUAUAGAAGAAGAAUAUCAUGGGUGAAACUGAGGAAAAGGAGAAUGGUCCUAGUGAAGCGCAUGAAGGCGAAGAGCCAAAAGAGACUGACAAAAUGCUCAAUAAGGAAGAUGGUGGUGCCAAAAAGAACGAAGAUCUGUCCCCAGAAGCUAUUGCCACUGAAACAGCAGAAACAGCUGUAAAUUCGCCGGAGAAUGGUGAAGAGAUUGUUAAAAUUGCUGAAGAGCCAAAGACAGAACAGACAAAGGAAACCGUUCCGGUUACAGCAGAGGGACGAGAAGUGAAGCCAAAAAAGAUCCCAAUCGGUGGUAUCAAAAUGCCAGGAUUCUUCACACGUGGCACAAAAGGGACAAGUAAAAAUGAAGGUGAUGGAGCCGAUGGGGAACUUUUGGAGACAGAUGAAAAGAAUAAACCCAUCGAAGAUAACAUAAAUAAUAAAAAUAGAGCGAGUAUGAAUUUCUUCAGCAAUAUUCGCAUUAGAAAUCCCUUCAAGCGAUCAACUGAUCAACAAAAAGUUGCAACUGAAAAUGGAAAUGCCGAUCAAAAGGCAGAAGACAAUGAAAAAGUAACCAUUGAAGAGGAAGCUACAAAGGACACGGCACAACCAGCUGAUCAGACACAAAAAAGACGAUUACUCAAUGCCAUUAAAUUGCCACAGAUUAGCAACAUUCUUCCCAAACGCUUGCGUACUGGUGUUGCGAAUGCUGAUGUAGAAUUGGGCAAUGGACCUCACAAUAAGGCAGGUCUAGCAUCAAUGGAAACCCUUGAUGAUUCUACAAAAGAUCCUGAAUCCAAAGACACAACAGAUCGUGCAGCUAUUGCAAAGCCUACCGAUGAAGAUCUUGAGACAGUCAAGUUAGAUAACGUAGAUGAAAAAUCUCAAGGCAAGGCUGAAGAAGCCGGUGCUUCAGAUAAACCUAAACCAUGGCUUGAGAGAAUACGAUCAUAUCACUGUUCAAUUGAUGAUAUAGCUAUAGUUGCUGGGAUUUUGGUCUUUCUGCUUUUGGUUGGAAUUAUCUGUGCAUUUACAUUCACUGGUAAAACGGAACUCACAUCGGCUCCUGUUAAGGAUGGUCGUUAUGUGGAAGCUGUCACAUCUUGUGGUCCUGUUGAAGGACUUUACGACGAUGGAGCAUUUGCAUUUCGUGGAAUCCCCUAUGCAACACCCCCAGUCGAUGAGAAUCGCUGGACGACGUCAAGACCUAUUGACAAUAUAAAUGACUGCUGGAAUGGAACAUUCAAAGCACAUAAUUCCACUCCCGUGUGCCUCCAGCUCACAUCAAAUGGAACAAUCGUUGGUGUGGAAGAUUGUCUUACGCUUGAUGUCGUUACUCCUCAUGUACGCUAUGACAAUCCACUUCCUGUCGUGGUUCUCAUAGGAGCUGAAUCGCUAUCAGGCGACUCUCCAGGAAAGAUGCGUCCAUCUAAGCGCUAUGCUCGUGCUCGUGAUGUUAUCUUUGUUCGUCCAAACUUCCGUGUUGGAGCCUUUGGCUUUCUUGCCUUAGACGCUCUAUCACGAUCGACCCACCCGCCACGUUCAGGAAAUUAUGGACUCUCUGACAUUAUAACAGCCCUGAAAUGGAUAAAAAUUAACAUCGUUAACUUUGGCGGAGAUGCAAAUUCAGUGACACUUUUUGGUCACAGAGCUGGGGCGACUCUUGUUUCAGCAAUUGUAGCUUCUCCACAAGCUAAAGAUCUCUUCCAUCGCUCAUGGAUCACAUCGGGAUCUGCAAUAUUUCCUGGAAAGUCUUUGCAUGAGUAUGAACGCCAAAAUCAGGCUAUCGCAGAAGCACUAAAAUGUCACAAUGCUGAUUGUUUGAGGGGCAUUUCCGGAGGAGCUGUGUUAGAUGCUGUCCCGGAUACAUGGCGGCACGUGUCACAGGAUCUGCCAAGUCGAACGGAAAAUGCAUCAAGCAGACAUGAAUAUUUGACUUUAGAUGGUGAAAUUCUUCAAGAACAUGCAAUUGAUGUAUGGAAGAGAGAGCUAGGUCCAUUAAAGAUGGUUAUUGGAGCCACGGCACAUGAGAGCCACUCAGAGAAGUUGUGGCUGAAACACAAAGAAUGGACACCUGAGCUCGUGCGACAACAUGUAGAAGAGAGUUUGAUUGGACAACAAGGGCUCACGGAUGAGGCCCUAAAACGUUAUGGGACGACAUACCAGGGUCUCGUAGCUAUGAUCUCUGACAUUCGUACAGUGUGUCCAUUGCUCACUGUAGCCAGAUCUUUGACUUCAGUACCUUUCUAUGUCAUUACCCAGCCCGCAGAACCGCUUAACAUCGCUGAUGUUGACGCCGAUGUUCAGGCUAUCUUUGGUCGCUAUGAACCCAAAACACCUGAACAAAGGCGCUAUGUAUCUGCCAUCCAGCAGCUAUUCUACCACUAUGUCUCCCACGGAGAGAUGAAGCAGUAUGAAACAAGACCCGUCUUGCUUAUUGGCCAAGAUGCCCUACCCGCCGAGAAUUAUCCUAAUUGUGAUUUUUGGAUUGAGAAAGACAUCGUCCCACGCUACGGCCGAAUUGAUUAAGAGAGUAAGAUAAAAUAUAUACAUAAUAUAUAGAUACACACAGAAAAAUAAAAAGGUGUCACCACAAGUAAGAUAAAAAAGAAGAGUUCAACUGCUUAGUAAUUGUCCUUUUUUAUAUUAUAGCUCAUUUAGAAACAAAAGACAUCCCAUUUUUUUUACAAAAGAUAAAUGAUUUGAUAAAAGUAUACAUAUAAGUAAAUUUUUGGAGAAAAAUAUUUUGAUAUUUAAAAAAUAAUUCUUUUUGAAAUUUUUUUAAAUGAAAAUUCUUUUAAGAAAUAGAAUUCAAUUUUUUAUAUAAAAUGCGAUUAUAAAAUAAAAUUUAAGAAUAACUUUUGAGCGCAACAAAACAUCUUUUUGACAAAUUUCUAUGAAAAAUAUUUUCCAAAACUAGGAAAUUUAAGUAAUUAUAUACAUAUAUAUAAAUUUUCACCUUCCCGAAUUGUUCCAAUGAAAGGUUUUUAGUCCAAAGAGAAUAUUAAAAAGUUGUUUUAAUAAGAUUUUUUGAAUACUAUAUGAAUAAAAAAAAUCAUUCCAUCUACCUACAAAAUAUAACUGCCGGACUUUACAUACGAAAAUUUUAAUAUUGAUCGAUUUUAUAUACAAAUAUAAACUUUUUUCGCAAUAGUACACUUUACAAAAUGAAACUAAUAAGGAAUUAAGCUCAUUCUUAAUACAAUAAACCUUAUAAAAAUAUAUACGUAAUGUAUAUAUUGAAAAUAUAUAUAUAAAUGGUAUUCAGAUUACAAUCGCUUCCAAAGUAUGAAAAAAAUGAGAAUUAUUAGUAAUUAAAAUUGAUUUGAUUUUAAAAACACACAAUUAAUUAAGUCCCUAAAAAAAGUAAAUGAAAAUAAAUCAAAUUUUAAAGUUAUAUGUCUUUGCUCUUAGGGCUUCUAGUGGUAAAUUAAUUACCUUUUUUCCCUUUUUUUAAUACACAAAUCACAGAACAAUACUAUAAUAAGUUAAUGUACCACUUCCUGGUUAACACCAAGUAUUAACUUUGUUUUGCUCGGGCUCUUUUUUUUCAGUUUUAUUAUAAGAAAAACAUUUAAAUAUAUGGCUGUAUUUUUAAUUUAAUUUUUCACUUCAAUGUAAUAUUUUAAGUAAAAUUGUAAUAAUAAAAAACCAUACAUAUACAUUACAACCCUAGAUAUUUAAUAGGUAAAAAUUCAUAAAUAAAAUAUUUGUAUAAUUUAACAAUUAAAUUAACUGCAAAUAGAUAAGAAUUAAUUAUAACAAGAUAUACAAAUGAUUCCCACAUAAACGUUUAAAAUUGUUGUAAUUUGAGAGAAAAAAUAUGAAUAUGAGCAAAUCACAA